AUGGAAAACGACUUACACCCUCAGGACGAGGUCCUGCGGCAUUCCCUCCAAGACCCCGAAGGCUUCUGGGCGCACCAGGCCGAGCACCUGCACUGGCACAAGAAGCCCUCGGCAACACUCAAAAAGACCAAGAAGACCCUCAAGAGCGGCGUCACCCACGACUCGUGGGAGUGGUUCCCGGACGGCGAGAUCUCGACCUGUUUCAACUGCGUGGACCGGCACGUCCACGACGGCAAGGGCGAUGCGCCCGCGAUAUUCUACGAUAGCCCGGUGACGGGCACCAAGCAAACAUUCACGUACAAGCAGCUACUGGAUGAGGUUGAGGUCUUCGCUGGUGCGCUGAGAGCCGAGGGCGUCAAGAAGGGUGAUGUUGUUUUGAUAUACAUGCCAAUGAUACCAGCGGCUCUCAUCGGCAUCCUCGCCGUCAGCCGCCUCGGCGCAAUCCACGCAGUCGUCUUCGGCGGCUUCGCCCCAGCCGCUCUCGCCCAGCGCAUAGAGGCCUCUCAGCCCGUCGCCAUCCUGACCGCCUCGUGCGGCAUCGACGGCAACAAGCCCCCCAUGAGCUACAAACCGCUCGUAGAGGAGGCUUGCCAGAUCUCCAGCCACAAGCCCGAGAAAGUCGUCGUCUGGCAGCGCGAGCAGAUCCGUUGGCACCCCAUCAGGAGAAACGACGGCGAGCGCAACUGGCAGAGCAUCGUCAAGAGCUGCCGCGCGAGGGGCAUCAGGGCUGACUGCGUGCCCGUCAAGUCGACGGAUCCCAUCUACAUCAUCCACACGUCCGGGACGACGGGGUCGCCGAAGGGGGUUCUGAGGGACGCUGCGGGUCACGCUGUUGGGUUGCAUCUUUCUAUCAGCUACCUGUUCAACAUCCACGGGCCCGGGUGCGUGUCGUUUACGGCAUCUGAUAUCGGAUGGGUCGUAGGGCACAGUUACAUUGCGUACGCGCCCCUGUUCACGGGUGCCGCGACGGUCCUCUACGAGGGCAAGCCUGUCGGGACACCAGACGGCUCGGCAUUCUGGAGGAUUGUGGAAGAGUACAAAGUCAACACCAUGUUCACCGCGCCCACGGCCCUGCGAGCCAUCAAGCGGGACGACCCCGAGAACAAGUUCCUGAAGCAGGUGGGACAGCGCGGGGGGCUCAAGACCCUCAAGGGCCUCUUCCUGGCCGGCGAGCGGUCCGAGCCGGCCAUCAUCACCAUGUACCAGGACCUCCUGAAUGAGUACGGCGCCGUCGACGCCCACGUUGUGGACAACUGGUGGUCGACCGAGGCCGGGUCGCCGAUCACGGGGCGGGCCCUCGUGCCGCACGCCGGUAAGGACCGCAGGACGGACGUCCGAGGCCACCCGCCGCCCGACAUCAGGCCCGGCAGCGCCGGCAAGGCCAUGCCGGGCUUCGACGUCCGGAUCGUGGACGACGAAGGGCGCGAGGUUCCGAGGGGCACGAUGGGCAAUAUCGUUCUGGGCCUGCCGCUGGCACCGACGGCGUUCAGGACGCUGUGGCAGGACGAGGAGAGGUUUUAUAAGGGGUACUUGAAGCGGUUUGAUGGCAAGUGGCUGGAUACCGGAGACGCUGGGUACAUCGACGCCGAGGGCUACGUCAACGUCAUGUCCCGCAACGACGAUGUGCUCAACGUCAGCGCCCAUCGCCUCUCGAGUGGCGGCCUGGAACAGGCUAUAACCUCACACCCCCUGAUUGCCGAGGCCUGCGUUGUGGGCAUACCGGACGCGCUCAAGGGCCAGCUGCCCUUCGCCUUCGUGACGCUCUCGACGCCCGAGCACCCGACGUCGGCGGUGCCGGACGGGAAGCUGGUCGACGAGAUCCAGGCGCUGGUGAGGUCGCAGGUCGGGGCCAUCGCGACGCUGGGCGGGCUGAUACAGGGCAAGGGGAUGAUUCCCAAGACGCGGAGCGGCAAGACGCUGCGGCGGGUGCUGAGGGAGCUGUUGGAGAACGCGGUCCACGGGGAGUUCGACAAGGAGGUCCAGGUGCCGAGCACCGUCGAGGACGCCGGGGCUGUCGAUGUGGCGAGGGCCAAGGUGAGGGAGUAUUGGGAGGUCAAGGGGGAGAGUCAUAAGAGCACGGAGGCUCGGGCUAAACUUUGA